GCUCGUCCUGCAGGAAUCCCCACCCGCCCUCCAGCAAGGCUUUGGGAUAAAUAGAGUCACAAAUUGUGCCAUCUGGAUGGCCAUCAGGGGUGGGUAUUUCAGUGUCAUGCCAAGGCAGAUCUGAACUGGGGAAGGGAGACAAGCGCCAGCCAAAGCUAAAGAACUAUUUUGUCUAAGCCGAGGAAAGUGUCUCUCUCCCAGUUAACUGGAGACAGUGGUGUGAGAGCGACUUCAUUAAAAGUUCGGGGGGGGGGGGGGUGGACAGCUAAACUAAACUUGUCUGGCGGCUGGAAAAUACACUCCCCGAUUAAAGCAGUUUGCUUCGCCCCCAUCGGCUGGCUUCCUGUGGCUUCUGCCCCUGCUUUUUAUUCCGGCUCAGCCCGUCCCACCCUUUGCUGCCCCCAUGGACUUGCUAGGCCCCAUGGAGAUAACGGAUGGCUCCCUCUGCUCCUUCUCGGCGGCCGAUGACUUUUACGACGACCCCUGCUUCAACACCUCGGACAUGCACUUCUUCGAGGACCUGGACCCGCGGCUGGUGCACGUGGGUGGCUUGCUGAAGCCGGAGGAGCACCCCCACCACCACGCGCACCACCACGAGGACGAGCACAUCAGGGCGCCCAGCGGCCACCACCAGGCCGGCCGCUGCCUGCUGUGGGCUUGCAAAGCCUGCAAGCGGAAGACCACCAACGCCGACCGGCGGAAGGCGGCCACCAUGCGGGAGCGGCGGCGGCUCAGCAAGGUGAACGAGGCGUUCGAGACGCUCAAGCGCUGCACCUCCACCAACCCCAACCAGCGCCUGCCCAAGGUGGAGAUCCUGCGCAACGCCAUCCGCUACAUCGAGAGCCUGCAGGCGCUGCUGCGGGAGCAGGAGGACGGCUACUACCCGGGGCUGGAGCACUACAGCGGCGAGUCGGACGCCUCCAGCCCCCGCUCCAACUGCUCCGACGGCAUGAUGGAGUACAGUGGGCCCUCUUGCAGCUCUCGCAGGAGGAAUAGCUAUGACAGCAACUACUACACAGAAUCACCAAAUGAUCCAAAACAUGGGAAGAGUUCAGUUGUCUCCAGCCUGGACUGUCUAUCAAGCAUUGUGGAGAGGAUUUCCACAGAUAACUCCACCUGCCCAGUGCUGCCCACAGUGGAAGGUGGAGCUGAGGGCAACCCGUGCUCGCCCCAAGAAGGAGCUACCCUGAGUGAGAGUGGAGCCCAAAUUCCCUCACCUACCAACUGCACCCAGAUUCCCCAGGACACCAGCAGCAGCAAUCCCAUCUACCAAGUGUUAUAAAGCCAGGUCCAGCUGCACUGUUAUGCAAAUACAAACUGCUAUAUGCUGCAAGAUCAAAGACCUGCCUUGAAAAGACUUAAGUAUUUCUUUUUCCAGUACUAAAAUAUCUCUGAAAAUUCCUUCAAAUAUAUAAUUUUUCAAGCCUAUAUUACUUCAAAAUACACUUAAUUAUUUAUUGGUUGUUGAACUAAAGCUAUUUAAUAUGUCUAGAGGUAAAAUUGCAUAGCACAAGAUGGCCAAUGUUUAUAAUCUGUGCUUUGGGGAAUGGGAACCUGGCUCUUGAGUUCUGGUAACAUUUUUGAAAAGAAGAAAACUAGUCAGGAGUAAUGACAUGAGACUUCCUUAUUGUUACCCCCAAUCCUGCCCAAAAUAAGGUUGUGGACCAUUUUUUAUAAUACUUUUUUGUAUAAUUGUAAAUAAGAGUUGCUUUGCAAAAAAAAACCCACCCCAAACAAAAAUACAAAAAAAGGAAUUAAAUAUUUAAUGUUGCUUGGUUUGUUGUGCCAAACUUUAACUUUAUAUAUUUAUACAAUGUGGUUGCCCAGAAUGUUUUCAACAAUAUUCUAAAUAAAGAUCCUUAUUUAU